AAAAAUAAAAGAUUUGGAAAGAAGGCCAUCCCAAAACUUGGCCAAAAUGCUUCUUCUACGCUCAUCGACUUUUCUUCAUCUUCACACUCCAACUGCUCUAACGUUCAUAACUUCUCAUCCUCAUCUUCAACCUCAUUUCCCGCCACCGCUCUCUACCACGACGGCGACGACGACGACGUUGUCUCCUCAACGACGUCGUUUAAAAUCCUCCAAACCUGUACCUCUCCUCUCGCGUCCCUUCCACGCGCUUCCUCUUCUCCGCUGCUCUGCUCACUCGUCAUCUCCUGCUGCAACCUCUCAGUUAAAGGAUAGUCUUAUGUAUUCAAGAGCGUAUUGGGUGAGUGAAUCUAUCAUCGCUUGGAAUGUGGAUGUUGGAAUCAAUGGCUCCUUAUACUUAUUCGCUAGCGAAACAGCUUCUUUGUCAGUCAUGGAGGACGAUCAUGGUAUUCAAGGGCACGAUGUGAAGUUUAAGCUUGAAGAAGAUAGCCACGGGCUCCCUCAAAAUGUCAAAGAAAAGUUUCCUCAUAUUAAAGACUACAGAGCUUUUAAGGUCCCGCCUGGCUUAGAUGCAAAAGUCUUGCUCAAGUGCCAGUUAGCUGUUGCUGCUUUUGAUGAUGUUGGAAAAUGCAGCAGUAUUACUGGUUUGCAGUUACCUGGAAUCCUGGAUGAAUUGUUCUCAUACUGCGGUCCCCUAGGAGCAGUUUAUUCAACUGAAGCUAUAGCACUUUUUCUAUGGGCACCCACUGCUCAGAAAGUACGGGCUUGCAUUUAUAAGGAUUCAUCAGGUGGUAGUCCUCUAGAGAUAGUCCAGCUUGAGGAGACUCAGGGUGUUUGGAGUACCAAAGGACCAAAGAGUUGGGAUGGAUGCUAUUAUGUGUACGAAGUGUCUGUUUACCAUCCUAGCACCUUGCAAAUUGUAAAGUGCCAUGCAAGUGAUCCAUAUGCUAGAGGGGUCUCAGCAAAUGGUGGCCGAACACUGUUUGUAGAUCUUGAUUCUGAUAUUCUAAAACCUGAAGGAUGGGAAAAGUUGGCGUAUGAAAAACCUGAUAUUCUCUCUUUCUCAGACACAAGUAUAUAUGAAUUGCAUGUAAGGGAUUUCAGUGCCAGUGACCUCACUGUAAAUGAUAAAUUCCGAGGUGGCUAUUUGGCCUUUACUUUGCAGGAUUCAGCAGGUGUCCGUCAUUUAAAGAAAUUGUCAGAUGCUGGUCUUACUCAUGUCCAUUUACUACCAACCUUCCAGUUUGCUGAUGUUGAUGAUGAGAAAGAGAAGUGGAAGUCUGUUGACACUGAGAUACUUGAAAAGUUUUCCCCAGAUUCUGCUGAGCAACAAGCUCUAAUAACAACUAUACAAAAUAGUGAUGGCUAUAACUGGGGGUACAAUCCUGUUCUCUGGGGAGUCCCUAAAGGAAGUUAUGCAAGUAAUCCUAACGGGUCAUGCCGUAUAAUUGAGUUUAGAAAGAUGGUUAAGGCACUUAAUUGUAUUGGCCUCAGAGUUGUACUCGAUGUUGUCUAUAAUCAUUUACAUGGAAGUGGGCCCUAUGAUGAAAAUUCUGUUCUUGAUAAGAUUGUUCCAGGUUACUAUUUGAGAAGAAACACUGAUGGAUUUAUUGAGAACAGUACUUGUGUAAACAACACUGCCAGUGAGCAUUUUAUGGUUGAACGUUUGAUUGUUGAUGAUCUUCUGCAUUGGGUUGUUAAUUACAAGGUUGAUGGAUUUCGGUUUGACCUUAUGGGUCAUAUAAUGAAAAGAACAAUGAUGAAAGCAAAGCAUGCAAUCUCCAGCCUAACAAAGGAAAAGGAUGGGGUCGAUGGUUCCAGUGUCUAUAUAUAUGGCGAAGGAUGGGACUUUGGUGAAGUUGCCAGGAACGGACGUGGGGUAAAUGCAUCACAAGUCAAUCUUUCUGGCACUGGAAUAGGGAGUUUCAACGAUCGAAUUCGGGAUGCAGUACUCGGUGGAUCUCCAUUUGGUCAUCCUCUUCAACAAGGAUUUGUGACUGGCUUACUGUUGCAGCCUAAUGAUCAUGACCAUGGAACAGCUGCUGGAGAAAUGCUUGCAGCUUCAAAGGAUCACAUUCAGGUUGGGAUGGCUGCAAAUUUGAGGGACUUUGUGCUAACAAAUUGUGAAGGGAAAGAGGUAAAAGGAUCUGAAGUAUUAACUCAUGGUGGCGCCCCUGUUGGAUUUGCUUCAAACCCCACAGAAACUGUUAAUUAUGUUUCUGCUCAUGACAAUGAGACUCUGUUUGACAUUAUUAGCAUGAAGACUCCAAUGGAAAUCUCUGUUGAUGAGAGAUGCUGGAUAAAUCAUUUGGCAACAAGUAUAAUUGCGCUGUCACAGGGAAUACCAUUUUUUCACUCAGGUGAUGAGAUGCUCCGCUCAAAAUCACUGGAUCGUGAUUCAUACAACUCUGGUGAUUGGUUUAACAGGCUCGACUUUACAUACAAUUCUAACAACUGGGGAGUUGGCCUUCCUCCAAAACAGAAGAACGAGAGAAGCUGGCCACUAAUCAAACCUAGAUUGGCAGAUCCAUCGUUCAAACCUCAGAGAAGUCACAUCCUUGAUGCUGUGGAGAAUUUCUCAAAUUUGUUACGCAUUAGGUACUCUUCACCGCUAUUCUGUCUGAGGACAGCAAAUGCUAUCCAGGAGCGAUUACGCUUUCACAACACUGGUCCAUCAUCAAUUCCUGGAGUCAUAGUAAUGAGCAUCGAAGACGGUCAUGAAGGUCAACCGGGGUUAUCUCAACUAGAUCCAAUCUACUCAUAUAUUGUGGUCGUCAUCAAUGCGCGUCCCACUGAGGUGUCAUUUGCCAGUCCAGCACUAAGAGCUAGAAAUUUUGAAUUACAUCCUGUACAGUUAAUGUCCACUGAUGAAGUAGUCAAGGCGUCUACUUAUGAAGAGUCCACAGGAUGCUUCGUUGUCCCCUCAAGAAGAACAUCUGUCUUUGUUCAACCUCGGAAAUUUUGAGUACACUUCGAUUUGAAACUCGUCGCCUAAUGCGAUAAUUUGAGCACCCUUCUUAAUCUAUCUUUUAUUGUAGAUUUAAAUGCACCUCUUUAAUAGCUCCGGUUUAUUUAAGGGUGUCUUUUAAGGUGUCCAACAUUAUAUAAGGUGGUACGUUAUGAUUAGUUAGAUUUAUUCUAUAAUACUUAUUAAAUUCAAAUAAGUGGGAUCCGAUAUUAGAUAGCAAUGAUAAUGUUACUAUAAAGUUAUACAAUAUUAUUUUA